AAGUGACGUGAGUCCGCGUCCGGCGCGCUGCGUCAGUCCGCCAUGAACAGCGUCGGCGAGGCCUGCACGGAGCUGAAGCGCGACUACGACCAGUGCUUCAACCGCUGGUUCGCCGAGAAGUUCCUGAAGGGGGAGGCCGGCGCCGAGGGAGACCCCUGCGUGCAGCUCUUCAAGCGCUACCAGCUCUGCGUCCAGAAAGCUAUUAAGGAGAAGGACAUACCCAUCGAAGGCUUGGAAUUCAUGGGCUCCAGCAAAGAAAAAUCUGAGAACUCCUCAUAAAUCUGAUGACACCUGCAACCCCCCUCCCCCAAAGACAAUGAAAAAGGCAAACUAAAAUGAACUGGCUGCCAAACAAGGAACUCACACUAAUAUUGCUAAUGUGGGUGGGGAGAUACAGGGUGCUGUUUCCUUGCGAGGUUUGUCUCAUCAAUCUAGUGACAGCUGCUUCAUUUCCAUUGUUACUGGGAAAGGUUUCAUCACCAUUGCCUGUGUACAGUCAUGUGAGAAAGUAAAUGCCCCUAUUGAAAUUUUUGACUUGUUCAACAUAGAUACUUGAACUUCCACAAUAAUGAUAAAAAGGACACAAUAUAACAUAUCAUGCGCUAUUUAAAUCUUGUGGACCAUUGUGAAUUUAAAUAAACAAAUGCAAAUUUUGCAUGUA